CUUAAAUUUACACUUUAACAAGAAGACUGACUAUCAGCAGAUCACUGUAUACCCUUCACCAACAAGUGGGAGAAGUCAUCAACUUAAAGAAUGAUGAUGAACCACACCAACCAAACAGAGGACGCCCUCCUCUCCUGCUACAGUCCUUCAGUUGUCGGCUAUCGCUACGUUGCUGUGCUGUGGGGAUGUGCUGUGACCAUCAUAGGUACGGUGGGGAACCUGAUGACCAUUCUAGCCUUCGCCAUAGAUCCUCAUCUAAGGACGCGUUUCAAUGUGCUCAUCGUCAACCUGGCUAUAGCUGAUCUCCUGUACUGCACCAUAGUGCAGCCCAGCUUAGUUGACUCCUAUCUACACCUCAGAUGGCGCACUGGUCAGCUGUACUGCAGAAUCUUCGGCCUGCUUCUCCUCCUCUUCAACUCUGUCUCCAUUAUCACCCUCUGUCUGAUAGCAGGAGGCAGAUAUCUCAUGGUCGCAAAGAGAGCUGUGUUUGACCGUGUCUUCUCUGACCUUGGUCUUUCAUUACUCAUCAUCUCAGCAUGGGCACUAGUCCUGGCCAGCAUUUGCCCACUAUGGCAUGGUUACGUGUUUGAGCCAAAGUUUUGUGUGUGCACCAUCACCCGGACAACGUACCAUCCUUACUCCCUCAUCCUGCUCAUUUUCUACUUUGUUGUUGGACUUGGAUGUGUUGGUAUAUUCUACCUCCUCAUCUACAGACGUGUCCGGAUUGCAUCACAAGCCUUACUUCGCUAUAGGUUCAGCCGCCGAUCCUCCAGGAAGAAACCAGCUUCUUCAGCACAAGACACCAAUGACAGUGGAGUGGAGAGCAGUGUGGUCAACACAUGUAGCUGUGAGAUGAGCAGCCAUGAAGAACGAGCCCCAACUAUACAUGAGAUCAAUUGCUCUGCCACUGCCGUAUCAGCAUCCAAGUCUCCCCCUGAAAUCGUCACUACACCACCUUCACCCACACCUGCUCCCACUAAUGCAGCCUCCUCGUCCAACUGCACAGCCUCGGGAGAUGAUAAGGAAAUGAGGCAUGUGACACACAUGUGUUUAGCUGUUUUUCUGUGUUUUGUGUUCUGCUUUGCCCCCUUCCUGUUAAUCCAUAUAGCCGACGAACAUAACCGUGCCCCACUGGUUCUGUACAUGUUCUUUGGAAACCUCACCUGGCUCAACAGCUGUAUCAACCCUGUGCUCUAUGCUGUCAUGAACAGCCGGUUUCGACGGGCCUACCAUGUGCUGCUCACCAGGGCUGCAGCACCAUUCACCUGCCUGUGGUCUUGGUGGUUGUCUCUCUGAGGACCUGACCUCCACGAAUUGAAAGAGACAGCUAAACAAAAAAAACAUGUUUUUCCUUUUACCUGUAGUACGAGUCUGUCUAUCGAGACUGGAAUGAAUGUACUCCUUGGCGUGUGACAAGGGCCAUCUAGUUCAGAUAUCAACACUCUGCAACUCACAUUGAAACAAACAAUCUCGAUGGAUAAAUAGCACUACAGGUAAGCAGAAAAAUAAUAUUUCUGUACAAAUGCCAUUUUCAUUCAGCCAUUGUCAACUCUUUGUUUGUCUGGUGAUUAAUUUAAAAGGUAGAGAUUAGGAAGAAUGGAGAAAUAGGAGAAGGAACCUGACAGCUUUUGCCUUCAACUGACCACUGAUGUAAGGUGUCAAGUCAUAAACCAAACACAAAAAUUUCAUCAAGCUUAAUUUGAGAAGUUAUAAAACAUGUGUCCUUCAAAAUUCAUGUAAAUAGUUUGAAAUUACUGUAUAUGAAGGUAGGUCUGGUAAGUUUUUGCAACAAAUACAGCAAAUACUAGUUUUACACUUGGCUGAUACACAAUAAUAUUAUGACGUUAACUAUUAAUUAAGGUGUUACAUAGCUAAUGAUACUAAAGAUUAAGGUUAUAUUUACAGUUUUUCCACUGAAGUCAAGCUGCAAAAACUGGACUUGGAUCCCAUUCAUCUGACCUGUAUAAUUACAAGCAAUAAGGAACCAAACUGUGAUGCAUCACUGCCCCACAGUGGUGAGAAUGGGGUGUUAGCUACAUAAUAUGAGCGGGUGAAGAUGUGUAAACUAGCCAGAACAAGUCCGGGUAUAAGAGUCAACUCUCAAAGACCCAGUGUGAAUUCCUGAACUAAGCAAUCCUUAGAAGGACCUUUAUCUUUUAUCAUACUAACAAUUAUGAAGGACAUUUUAAAGUGAUUUUAUAUGCUUCUACAUUUGCCAUCUCUUCAUCACCUACUUUAUGAAAAUCAUCAUGUUUUCUAUUACAUUGGAAGAGGAAUUAAUAAAUAUAUUUCUGUCAAGCACCUCCAAUCUGCAACACAGAAUCUGAAUCUGCCUCAAAACCCUAUUUUCAUGUUUUGAAUAUUAAUUUCUGUAAUGGUUCAUAUCAUAAGCAAAGCAUUACUGUGAACAGAGAAUGUUAAUUGUCUUAAUAUGUUGGACAUAGAAGCUGCAUACACUUCAGUUCUCUGCUUGGGAUUAAAUUCAGUAGUAGAAACUUUAGUAGUUCUGCAUUUGCUGAUAUUUCCACACUUGGGCCUGUACGUAAUGGUCUAUUUUUACUCCCGUGCAACAGGCAGGAAGUGUAUGUGGAACAGCAAAAGGUUCAAUUAUCACACUGUUUUAAAGCAUUUAGUCACAUGCGCCCAUCACUAAUUCAUUAUCACAGUUGCAGUAACUGAGGUAAGAAGAAGUAAUUGGAGCCACUGGAGUUAGUCUGUUUGGACAUCUAUAUUUUGUUUCAAACUUGAGAGGUAGUUUAAUGAACAUUAAUCAUCCUGAAAUUGGAAUAAAAACUGAAUUCAUGUUUUUGUUGAUAUAUGUAAUUAUUAUGAAAUCAAAGUGAUUACAGUUGGUGUUGUCAUUGAAACAGUAUAUGCAGUUACAUUUCUUUUGGAGUGAGCCUUUUAAAAAAUAUAUAAAGGGAAAACUGUAAAUGUGUUGCUGUUUUGAAAAAAGCAAUGGAAAGUUCAGAUUUUGCUUCAUCCUCACACAUAUACCUUUUUUGAGGAAAUGGACAAUGAAGCAUUUCUUUAAGCACUUCUGUAACCUAUUCUU